AUGAAGAUAUUUCGCUCCCUCUUGCUGGUUGGCGCGACCGUCAUUGCCGCCUUGGACACGUACUCGGCCAAAAUUCUCGUGGACACAAACACCUUCGAAUGCGAGCUCAUCGAUUCCGUCCACGUGGCCCAGCUCCACCGUAGCGUGGAGCACCCGGACUCGUUCAUCGAGCUCACAACGAAGCGAAAAAGCCACCUCAACGACUUGGACCUGCUCCGGAACUCGGAGGAAGGCGCCCAAGAGUUCGUGGAAAUCGUCGGGGGUAGCGUCGACGCUGUGCUGGGCCAGCUCGCAAAGCGGUGCCCAUCCGGUGCACUGCGCCACAACGCAGUGCGCUCAGCCGAGACCUUUGCCGAGACAACCGUGAUCAAGAAGAUCGUCGACUCGGGCCCCCCCAAGAACCGCAUUGAUAUUGUGUUUAUGGGCGACGGGUACCAGGCGUCGGAAGAGGCGUUGUUCUUCAAGGACAUCCAACGCCUGACCGACGAAAUGUUCACCGGGGACACAUUCACCCAGUACCUCCCUCUCUUUAACGUAUGGGCGGUAUACGUGCCAUCGGUGGACUCGGGCAUCGGCGUGGGUGGCAAACCUCGCAACACUGCCUUUCAACUGUACCGCGACGGCACCGAGCUGCGCGGCGUGUACCCCAACAAGCCGCAAUACGCCCGCGAUGUGUGCAAAACCGUGGGGGAGUUCGCGUGCGACUUUCCGUCGUUGAUCGGGAACGACGCGUUCUACGGGGGUCUUGGGGGGGAGUUCGUCGUCGCGACAAGCUCGGUCACGUCGGGCACGGUGGUGCUGCGCCACGAGAUGGGCCACAACUUUGGCCGAGUCGGUGAAGAGUACGACGGCGGCCAAGUGUACCGAGGCGCCAACGCGGCCACGUCGAUCAACGUGGCACCGUGGACGCAUUGGCUGACCAACCCGGAUGUGAUCCGCGAGGAGAAGGCCGUCCAGAGGUUCCAAAAGCACAUCUGGUACGAUCUCCAGAAGGGCUCGUACCAGAUUAAGUUUACAUCGAACGGCGCGUUCAAGCGAUGGUACAUCGAGCUGUCCGUUUCCGGCGCCGACACGAACGAUGCGCUGUCGAUCACGUUGAACGGCGAUCCGCUGCCGUGGACCACCAAGGGUGUCAAGGACCGCUCAUUUUACUCGUGGCGCAGCUCGGACGCGGGGUUCCCAGCCGGCGACCACGUGCUCAACAUCACCGCGGGCGGGCCGUUCGACAGCCCGAUCAUCAAGCAGCUGUGUAACGCCGUGAUCUACGAAUACGCCGGCGAAGACGAGUUCAAGCUCGACGACAACGACCACAUCGGGUUCUACCCCACGUGGGACAUCAACAAGCGCCUCUCGUACCGCCCCGACAACGAAAAGUGCCUCAUGCGUAAUAUGACGUCGCCCCAGUUUUGCGCGCCGUGCCAGGAAAACAUGUGGCUGCAGUUCCUGACGCGCAUUUCCUUUAUCGAAGACGUCGUUGUGACUGGUAAGGACGUCGCGCUCAAGCUCAUCCCGCUGGGCCAACUCCGCCCCAACCCCAUACCCAACGAGCGGUACUCGGUCCAGUGGUUCAACAACGACAACGAAGUCACGAAGUUCCGCGACCAGUUCAACAUUGACGUGUCCACCAUGUCUGGCGUCGCCAAGCAGUGGACGGUCAAAGUCAACUUUACCACUCCCACCAUACGCAUCGACUCCAAGGGCGUCACCCGUGCCGAACGCACGUUCAACGUCGACUACACUCCCCCGUCUACCACUCUCACCCCUACCAUUACUACGGUUACCCGUGCCCCUACCACGAAAACCCAGACCCCCACCACCACCAAGGCUACGCCCACCGUCGCGCCCUCCCCUACGACCCCUACGACGACGAAGGCGCACUGUUUCGGACGAUAA